AUGGAGUUCUGGGAGGGAUUUGAGCCAGUGAGUCCUACUGGACAAUACUUCAACAGCUCUGUGCUUUCCAUAUCCGUUAUUUCUGUCUUGGAAUCUGAGGUUCCAAUCAACGACAUGCAGACCAUGUCAUUGGUCAAGGAUCUGUUCCUUCCCAUCAACCCACGCUUUUCCUCCAUCAUGGUUACAGAUACAAAGGGUGAGAAACAAUGGAAAAGGGUUGAAGUGAAGCUUGAAGACCACGUAAACGUCCCCAUUUUCCCUAGCGGCUUGUCACCCACAUCAUACGAUGAGUAUCUUGACGACUACAUAUCAAGGAUUGCAAUGGAUCACUUUCGCCAAAGCAAACCACUAUGGGAAAUUCACAUGUUCCAGUAUCCAACAAGCAAUGCAGCUGGUAAUAUCAUAUUCAAGCUUCACCAUGCCCUUGGCGAUGGCUACUCUCUCAUGGGUGCUCUGCUUUCUUGUCUACAAAGAGCUGAUAAUCCCUCUCUCCCCCUAAAAUUUACUUCUCACCAACGCUCAGCACCAGAAAGUCACAAUAUUAGAAGUAUUUGUGGGACAGUGACUCGAAUCUCUUCCUUGAUCUAUAACAAAAUCUCUGAUUUUGGGUGGAGCAUUUUAAAGAGCAGUUUUGUUGAAGAUGAUCAGACACCUAUAAGGUCGGCGGAUGAAGCAGUGGAGUUUCGACCAAUUACGAUAUCAACUAUGAGAUUCUCUCUUGAUCAUAUCAAAUCCAUAAAGGCUAAGCUCGGAGUGACGAUAAAUGAUGUAAUUACCGGCAUGAUCUUCCUUGGGGCCCGUUUGUACAUGCAAGAGAUGAGCUAUAAUUCAAGCAAAGCAGAUUCCACUGGAAUUGUGUUGAUGAAUACGAGGAUGGUUGGGGGCUACAAGUCAGUGAAGGAGAUGCUGAAACCUGACUCGGAUGCCCCAUGGGGGAACCGAUUUGGCCUCUUGCAUCUAUCAAUACCAAAGUUUACAGAUUUCGAUUCCUCAUCAAACCCUCUUGAGUUUGUGUGGAAAACACAUAAACUAAUGAAGAAGAAGAGAAACUCUUUGGCUGUUCUCUUCACUAGUAGCCUUCUGAAUAUUAUGCAGAAACUUAGAGGCCCUGAGGCAGCAGCUGGAUACAUCUAUAAGGCAAUAAGCAACUCGAGCAUGGCAAUAUCAAAUAUUAGAGGGCCAGUGGAGCAAAUGGCUUUGGCAAAUCAUCCAAUUAAAGGUUUAUACUUCAUGUCGGUUGGCAUACCUCAGAGUCUUAACAUUACAGUGAUGACCUACAUGGGAAACGUAAGGGUCUCGCUCGGGUCAGAGAAAGAUUUCAUAGAUCCCAAGAAGUUCAAGUUGUGCAUGGAAAAUGCCUUUGAGAUGAUCCUCAAAGCAGCACAUGAACUUCCUACACGGGAAUAUUGUUGAGGAGUCAAAUUACAUCAUUGGGUUUUGAUCUAAUAAUAAUUCAUUUCAAA